AGGUACCACGGGUAACAGAGUACAGACAUAACUAAGUCUCAUACCGAGUGGACGUAUUGUCAUACUCAAUUUUGCAAUUUAAAUCGAGUUUUUUUUUCAUAAACAUGUUUUGUGAGAUACCGGUAUUUGGAAGAUGCUGUUUUUGUUUGCCUCUGAGGAGAGGGAUAUUGAUUUUUGGAUACCUAAAUAUACUGUUCGCGGCCUUUAUGGUCGGAGUGUUCAGUUACGCUAUACACCACGACCAUGCCUUGACUAUGGUGUUCCACGGAGUGGCUGGUGACAUGGACAACUGGGUCUGCCUCGUGUUAUACUGUACCGAUAUAGUUCUCAGCGCCGUUUUACUGUACGGAGCUCACAGACAAAUAAUAAUCUACCUCAGAGUGUUCUACUACUAUGCUCUCUGCACGUUGGCUGCUGUGGUCAUCUUGGAAAUCAUUGUAGCCUCUCAAAGGCCUUUUUACCUGGAAAUCGAAUUGUUGCCUGUAUUCUUCGCUGGAUUAUGCAUACACAUUUACCUGAUAAUUCUGGUUCGAAGUCUGCUGAGGAAGCUGGAAAUAUCCAGCCAUACAUACGAGAACCAGCUACACCAGUUUGUCAAUGGCGAAAUUAUCAAGGAACCAAACACGGUCUACCCUAGCACAGUCGUGCCCGUGGAAACUGCGUAAACUGUGUAAAUAAUAUAAGACUGACCCUUAAAAAAACAGUACUAGCACUUUUGUAGGUUACCUAGUACCUACGUUGAUAUCUGCGCAGAUAUCAUAUUUCUGAAUGGCGCGAAAAUGUCUCAGCCAAUCAUGGCUGUUUUAAUGGCAAAUUUGAAUAAUACUUACUAAAAAGUUUGUGCAAUUCGACCUUAGUGCCUGUAAUGUUUGCGUGCAGUUAAAGUAUAACUAAAUGCGCGCGGUUUUUACAUUUUGUUAAAGAGUCGGGAUUGAACUCGGUGAACGGUGAUAACCUAGUGGUUAAUUGUAUCUAUUUUAAUAAUAUAUUAUCAGUUUAUCCUUUUAUUAUAAUUAUUAACGAUUGUUGCGCGACCGGUAUUACAAGAAUCUGCACAAGU